UGAAAGUCUGACUUCUGAUUUGUUUUGCAAGAGCUUUCUCGAGACUACAUGACUGUAACCGACAUAUGCGCACACACUGGAGAAUCAAACCAUACAGUUGCCCAGAAUGUCACCGUAAUUUUGUAAGGCAAGACGCACUAACGCGUCAUCUUCGUCUCGAUUUCGGUCACAACCGAUGCAGUGGAUAUCCUGGUCCCGUUCCUGGCUCCAACCAGGACAAGAGUGAAGAAAGUGGAGAUGAUCAUAUGGAAGAUUCACCAACGGAGACGCCAUCGAAUAAUUUUUCUGCAUCUCAAUCGGGUGAAGUUGGUAAUGCAACGGCCAAGGCUGGUCCUCCAUAUAUGUUGUCCACAUCACCCAUCUCUCCAACGACCGCUUCACCUGCUGGGCAAGGGCAAGCUCAUGGCAAGGGCCAAGCAGUACCAACGCUUCGUCCUGACUCAAAACAGGAACCGGAAUCAGAGCGUACAAUGCCCGCUUCAUCAGCUUCUGUAUCAGCGUCCGUAUCUGCCCCAGGAGCAAGGAAUGGUACGUCGUGAUAGUGGCGGCCCACAGUCGAGAUAUGCAUCUGGAAAUGCGCCCAUGAGCUUCGUUCACCGGAGUGGGACCCUAGAGCGGAGGGCCGUGACGCCACCAAGUACAAAAGAGACACCAGCCUUCUUGUCCCAGCAUGGUCGCUCAUUCUCUCAUUCUUCCUUCAGUCACGGCCAGCCCUCAGCUCCUGUAACCUCUUCACCAAUGUCAGCACCCCUUCCUUCAGUCCCACCACCCUCUGGUGCCAUAUCUAGUCAGGAUAGAAGAGGCCCGCCUUCACACGGGCGAAAUGGUGGGUCAUGGCCUGGACCAGGUCAAGAUCCCAGUACACCGCCUUCAGAGUAUUACCAUGGAGCACCACACUCGAGACAACCUCCUCCAGGACCUAUUAUAACGCGUUCAGAAGCGCCAGAGUAUGAGCGCGCUCGAACUUUUACUCACCCUCCAUCAGAUUACCCACCAUCGCCAUCCGAGGCAAGGCGCGCCUCUCCAUCAGAAUGGAAUGCUUCAGGCCCAGAUCGAUGGGGAUGGGACCAACAACGCCAUCAAGAAGUAAGACAUCGCCAUGCGGGUUGGUCAUCAGCACCUCCUAGCAGAGGACCUAUGCCGCCCUCCCUCGUCUCCACUGUCACGGGAGGAACUAACUUCGCCCAGAGGCCCUGUUCGAAUCCCACAACGUCCACCUACAGACUAUCCUAGCUCACCUUAUCAAUAGAGCCUCUCCGUCGACCAGAAUUGGACCAUGAUCGUCUGCGAUCGAUGACUGACAUUGAUCGCGUGCGUGGACCGGCCCAUAGUUGGAGCGAGCAACGCUCAAGAUCAUUCCAUGAGCUUGAUGCAGGAGCUGCUCACCGGUCAAGAUUCGAGCAACUUCCUCACAGUC